AUGUCCGAACAGCCAUUGUCCCAAGACGAAAAGAGACGUCUUUUGAGAGAAAGAAGACAAGCCAAAAUGGCCAGGGGUAAAGCUAGUGAAAGAUUGAAUAAUAUCCUUUCUCAAGGCUCUUCCGUAAAAGAUACCACUGAUGCUGUUUCGGUCUUCGAUUCCAAGCCAGAAUCGACCUCUUCAUCUACGAAACCAACAGAACGUUCCCCUGUUGUAGGUUCACAUCGUGAUCCUGAGGAUGAUCCAGAACUUAUGGAUAUUGACAAUGUUACACCUGAAACUAAGGUGGAUGAGGCCGAUAUUGACCAAAUGUUGAGCAAUAUAUUUGGAGCAAAUGUAGGGGGAGAUGCAACAGGUUCAAAUCAAGACGACUUCUUAGCUAAUAUGAUGAAUAUGAUGAAGCAGGGGGAGGGAGUAGAUGGAAGUACUGGAACAGCAGAGCCCCAGGAACCUGGUUACCAAAGCCAAUUGAAUGCCUACAAUAUAUAUCAACAGAAGUUAUGGAAGUUCAGAUUUUUGAUCAUUAGAUUCGCUGCUGUUUUGACUAAUUUCUUUUACCAUUACUUAACGAUACAAGAUUAUUCGUUCACGUCAUCACCUCACUUCUAUAUUAGAGCCUUAGCUCCACACCCGGCAGUGAAUAGUUUCAUCACCUGGUUUCUGACAUUCGAAGUCGCUAUAUUGGCUUCAUUCUACUUAAUUACCUCUAGAAAUAACAUUUAUGCUAAUGCUAGUGAUGGAAACUUGCUUCUUAAAGGUAUUUCCAUGGGAGCAAUGGUGCUUCCUCAAUUGCGUGCCUACCAACCAUUGGUUAUUCGCCUUGCACAUUAUUGGGAGGUAUUUAGUAUGUUAUUAGGCGACGUAUUUCUCGUCGUGGUGUUAUUUGGAUUGAUAAGUAUUUACAAUUAA